UAGAGGAGGAGGGUGAACCAAACUGAGCCGGGGUUGAAGGGUCUUGGGGGUAGCAUCACUUUCGAAAGUUUGUCUCGGUAAUUUCCUGGAGUCUCCAAACCACCGACCGGUCUGGUUUGUUUACAUUGUGUGGCCCAGGCGUGUAUGCGUUGUAUCAGCCAUUUACGAGACAACGCGCUCCAGCUCUGUUGGCUGGUGUUUAGAGACCCGGUUCAGUAAAUAGAAUGUUACCGAGCCGGGUUGGAUCGGCACCAUCUGGAAACGGGUCAGCGUCAGGCAGAGGUACCACAGGACACGGUUCGGGGGUUGUCGGGAUCCGUCCCGUUUUGGUCAGAGCAGGGCAAGCUUUACCGGGGGUCAGCGAGAGUGCCGGUGCUGCCGGGCGACAGGGGGAAAGAGACGCCGUCGGGAUGCUGGGGGCUAAUGGUCCAGGGGGUCCGAGAGGCGCGAGACCAGGGAACGGGACUGGUGUGACCCCUCUACAGACCGCCGUCCAGGGCAACAUGGUGGUGGGGUUGAACACGGGAGUUGUGUUGCCUCACGGAGCCAGGUUCGACCCGGACAGAGAGGGUGCUCCUCUGUGCAGCGGCUCGGAUAAUGACUCGGACUCCGGAGAUGAUGAUGACCCAGUGGGUUCACUUGGGGACAGCAGGAGAGGGGUGAAGCGGGAGAGAGGGGAGAUGGAGGCUGCGGUGACGGGGCAGGAGGUGGGGAUUCCUCCCGGAGGUUACGGCAUGGUGCCCGGAGGGGUCGCCGGGGCAAAGCCGGGGAAGAAAACACGUGGGCGCGUAAAGAUAAAGAUGGAAUUUAUUGACAACAAGUUGAGACGGUACACCACUUUCAGCAAGAGGAAGACUGGUAUUAUGAAAAAGGCCUAUGAACUCUCCACCCUGACGGGAACCCAGGUUCUGCUUCUUGUGGCCAGUGAAACGGGACACGUCUAUACUUUUGCCACUCGCAAACUCCAACCCAUGAUCACAAGUGAAACGGGCAAAGCCCUGAUCCAAACAUGCCUCAACUCGCCGGACUCGCCACCCCGCUCUGACCCCUCUACGGACCAGCGCAUGAGUGCUACGGGCUUUGAGGAGACAGACCUCACCUACCAGGUGUCUGAGUCGGAGAGCAUGGGCGACACAAAGGAUACACUUAAGCCGACAUUUACGGUAGCCAGCCUACCAGGCAGUACCAGCAGCACCCAAUGCACAGUGCCCACCACCUCCACCACCAUGCAGGUGAGCAGUGGGCCUUCGUUUCCCAUCACCAACUACCUGGCACCCAUCUCGGCCAGCAGCAACGUCAGCGCCAACGGUACCGUCCUCAAGACCACCGGCGCCUCAGCGGGGGUUAUGCAGCUGCCCGGAGGCUUUACUUUCAUGCCUGCAGGCACUCCUCUCCCCCCUGGCACCCCCACCAUUCCUCUGAGCCAGCUGCAGCAGCACUCCCUGGCCCUCCAGGGGCAGCAUGGUCAGGCCCUGGCCGCCGCCCCACAGCCACAGCAGGGACAGCAGGCUGUCUUCCGCUUCCCUGCUGCUGUCUCCCUCACAGGCGCGGGGGUUCCCCAGCAGCUCCAGGCGAUCCAGGUCCACCCCAACACCCAGUCCACCUCCAACAGUGACAGCAGCCCGGACAUCUCCCACACCUCCACAAACUCCACCGCAACAGUGAGUCUCCCAGCAACCAUCGUCACCUCAUCAGUGCCAACGUCUGUCGCGGGUCACAUGAUGUACCCCAGCCCCCACACAGUGAUGUACGCCUCCACGCCAGGGCUGGCUGACGGGGGGCUGGCCGUGCUCAACGCCUUCUCCCAGGGCACCUCAGCCAUGCAGGUUUCCCAUGCACAGGCCCAAGACACAGGUUCUGUCCCUCAGGUGUUCCUCACAGCACCUCCAGGCACGGUGCAGAUCCCCGUCUCAGCGGUGCAGCUACACCCAAUGGUGAUUGGCCAGCAGUCGAGCGGCAGCAGCAGUAACCUGACGGAGCUCCAGGUGGUCAACCUGGACGCAGCACAGAACUCAAAGGGCGACUGACAGACGGCUGGAGCUGUUGAACACGGCAGACCCAGGGACACACAGACAGACAGACUUACUGACAUCUCUAUUUAUUGAUGCCUUCCUACAGAGUUUCACAUCACACUUCUGAAUGUGACUUUAAAG